AUGUCUUCGGAGAAAUGCAAUCAAAUUCUCGGCCGCUAUCCAUCAUCGGCCACCUCAUCCACCUCCAGACUUUCUCCUCCAUCAUCCACCACAACAGCAACACAUCAAACCUGGUGGCACGACAACAAUUCUCCCCAUCACACCGAGAACAGAUCCAUCCGUCCUCGUCUCUCCACCUCUUCCGACAACAGCAACAUUCACCACAACCGCACAUCUUUUUACGCCUACCCUUACUCUUCCUACUUGUCCAACUCGACGUCCUCUUUGGCCGCAUACAACACGACAGACCCUUUGCCGCCUGGUAGUGGAAGUAAUAGUACUAGUGGUCGACGAACUCCUACUGCAUUGACUUCUACCACCACUCCCAUUGCGAUUCCAAUUCCUCCGAUUAUAGCCUCUUUUAUAGGUUCUCAGAGGAAGAAAUUGGGGUUGACGAUGAUUUCGUCUUCUUUUGCUUCUUCUUCUAUUUCUCCUUCUUCUGCGUCUUCGACGACUCGUCAACACGUCCAAGGCCAAAAACGACAGGAAAGGCAGCAGCAGCAGCAGCAGAAGAGUGAGAAGCUGAAGAAGAAGGAGAAGGGGAUUGAAAGAGAAAAAGAAAAGGAAAAGGAAAAGAAAGCAGUGGUGCCUUUUCUCAAUUCGUAUUCUCCUCAUCCGAGAUAUCGAAGAGAUAGUAUGGAUUUGAGGGGUUGGUGUAGUAAUUCUUAUGAUGAUUAUAAUACUCAUUAUAGGGAUCUGGUGACUCCUUCGGAUGGAGCUGCUGUGCUUUCGACUUCUGCUGCUUCUUCGAAUUAUUCGACUUCGGCUUCUUCUUCGAAUUCGGGUUCUGGAUCUGGGUUUCCGAUACAGCAACAACAACAGCGUGGACAACAACAACAACAACAACAACAACAACAGAAAUCCCUCCCUCCUCUCCCCCCUUCCUAUUCCUCUUCUUACUCCUCUUCUUCUUCUCCCCCCUCUCGCCACCCUCAACCCAUCGAACACUCAAGCGAAAAGGAAGUCGUCGUCAGCGGCGUAAAUUCCUCAACUUCUACCUCUUCCACCUCUUCCUUCCUUCUAACUUCCUCCGGAACAACAAGAACCUCCACAUCCACCAAAUCCACCUCCACGACCAAAAGUCCUCCUCAUCAUCAUCAUCAUCAUCAAAAAACCCUCUCAGAGCAGAACAACAACACCCCCUACGACAUCACAGCCACCCCGUAUAAUUACAAAAAAACCUACGAAAUCCGCGCUGGAGAAAAAAAUCUCUCUGCCACCUCCAAACAGAAUUCACAUCAACAACAACAAAAUCCCCCAGGGACGUUUACGCCUGGACCUGCUGGAGGGGCAGGAUUGGAAAUUCAUCAGAAUGGAAGGGCGAUUUGGUGGGUGAGAUUUCAAACGUCGUUUUGGGGCGCUCCGGGGAUUUUUAUUGAGGGGUUGCCGGUUGUUUCGCCGAGGAUGGGGAUGGGUGGUGGGAAGGGUGGUGGUGGAGGGAAGGGGAAAUUGGGGGCGAUGGGAGAAGAGGGGGGGAAGAGGAGGGUUUUGGCUGCCACAAGAUUCAAAUCCGUCCGUUCAGGUUUCUACAUCCACCUCGGCGACCCCUCCGAACACAACAUCCCCGCCGAACGCUGGCCGCAAGUCACGUACAGCAGCUGGAACGAAAAAGAGUAUUGUUUCGAAUUUCAAGGUCGAAAAUUCGUCUGGAGGAGCCCCGUAACAUCCCUCCUCAGCUACCUCAAAGACACAGGCGACUACCACCUCCUCGACGUCGACAACCCCGGACAUUUAUUAGCAGCAUAUCUCAAAGAUCGGGAUUGGUUUGCUUUUAAGCCGAUUGCCAAGAUGGAAUUUUAUGUCAAAUUGGAGCAGGGACUGGAGUUGAUGGCGCUGGCGGCUGUCAUGGGGGUUGAGGAGAGGAGGAGGAGGAAGAAUGCUGCGGCGGGGAUUGGGGGGGUGGUUUGA